CUCUAGCAGCCUCCCUAUAUCCAACAAUGGAAAAGAAUGAGGGAUCAAUUACCAUGCCUAUAGAUAAUUAUAAUACUAAUGACUUGAAGUUUUGUGCUUGUUAUGGUACAUAUAGAUCUAUCACACAAUCCCAAACAAAAAAAAGUUCUAUCAUACAAAAUGGUUGCAUUAAGAAAUAAUCGUCAUUUUGUAAACAUCGUAAUAGUAUUGUAUACAAUAUUAGUAAAAUAGUCUUAAGUAAGCAUUUACCAUUUACUUAAUUAGUAUUGGCAUAAUAUCAACCAAAAAUCAAAGUUAUAUUAAAGAAGUCUCACGUAACACAUUUAGCAAAUCAUCGAACUCGCAAACAUACACUUUUAUUUUCUUAGUUUAGGGGGUCAGUUAGCUUGACAACCCUUCUAAGGGGUUGGAAAAAUGACACCUCAUAUUAAUUAUAGUUAUUUUUAUAUUAAACUCGUGUUAUAUUUAAUAAUUUUUGUGAAUUAAAAACUCAUAUUAAUUUACUAUCAUUGCACUGAUACCAUUAUCAUUGCAACUGUACACUGAGAGUUUAUAUUCAUACGAAUGACCUCAUUUGCUUGACUUACUAAAGUCACCAUCCUUCAAAAUUUUCUAAUAUAUAAUAACCGUUGGCACGACAUAUUUACAAGUUCAAUUUCCACAAUCUACUUUUUACAAGAAAUCUCUUGAAUUGCAAAGUCUCAAUUUGUUUUCCAUUUUCAAUGAAUUUCCAAAUAUUGCCGAGGAUCUCGAUAGUCUUGAACUGAUAUAGGAUACUUCAGCCUUAUCCACCAUCUAUCCUUCGGCCGCCAUUGUGGGCUUGCUCUCAAAUUAUUAAGCACAGUGCUUUUGACUCUUGAUAAUUUAACAACGACGGGCACAUAUGGGUUCCAUACAAACCAUAAGAAUUAUAAUAAUAAUAAUAUUAUUACUAGCAAUAACAAUAAUAAUCAACAUUAUUGGCUACGUAACGACUAACGUUAUUAUUAUAAUAUAUUACUUAUCGUCCAUGACAUGACAUCACACUCACCGGCUCAGCCUCCAUCCGGCCGCUAUAAAUAACGCAGCAGCCAACAGCUUGAGAAGGGCACACCAAAAAAACAAAGAGAAACAUACAAAAAAAAGAAGAAAAAAUAAUGGAAGCAGCAACUGUAGUCGAGCUCCUGGAUUCCGUGCCCCGAAUGUGGGACCAUUUCAUGGGCUACAUCAACGCAAUGACCCUCCAGUGCGCGGUCGAGCUGGAGAUCGCGGACGUGAUCCAGAGCCACGGCCAGCCCAUCUCCCUGGGCGAGCUGGCCAUGGCCCUCCAGAUCCCAGAGGCCAAGGCCCAGUUCCUCUCGCGCCUCAUGCGCUUGCUGGUCCACCUGGGCUACUUCGAGCACCAGGUAAAACCAGAAGGAGAAGAAGGAGAAUUCGAGGGGCGGUACUGGCUGCGGGCGCCCCUCUCCCAGCUGCUGCUGAAGGAGAACCCGUUCAACGCCAGGUCGCUCACCUUCGCCACGGUCCACCAGCACCUGGUGGACCCCUGGCGCCAGAUGAGCGCCUGGCUGCGAACCAGCAGCAAGGUCGACGCGGCCCCCAACGCGUUCGCCUUCGCCCACGAGGGCAAGAAGGUGUACGAGGUCUGUUCCCAGGACCCUCACUACAGCCAGCUGUUCUCCGAAGGCAUGGCGGGGGACAGCUGGCUGUUCAGCAGGGCCCUGGUGGCGAAGUGCAGGGACGCGUUCGAAGGGCUGACCUCGCUCGUCGACGUUGGCGGAGGCACCGGGUACAACUCUAAGGUCAUCGUCGAGGCCUUCCCUGGGAUCCGAUGCACCGUGUUCGAUCUCCCUCACGUGGUAUCAGAGCCGAACCAGACCCACACCAAUCUCGACUACAAAGCCGGGAACAUGUUCACCGACGAUCUCCCUCACGCUGAUGCGAUCCUCUUCAAGUGGGUGCUAUGUGACUGGCCGGACGAGCCAGUGUUGAAGAUGCUGAAGCAGUGCAAGAAGGCGUUGACCAAGAACGGCGUCAAGGGGAAGCUGAUGAUCGCCGACCAUGUUUUGGGGCAUGAGAGCUGCAACGACAGCCGUUCGAUGGGAACGUCGUUGGUCGUGGACAUGUUAUUCAUGUCGUUUCUCGAGGGUUGUUUGAGGACUGAGAAGCAGUGGGCGAAGCUGUUCUCCGAUGCUGGUUUCAACAACUACAAGAUCACUCCGGUUGGCGGGCUGCGAGUUCUCAUCGAAGUUUAUCCCUAGAAGGAGCUUCUCUGUUUAUGUUAUACUGAUGUAAGGGUGUGAUCAAUAAUGUAUGGGUUGUGUUUUUUUUUUUUUUUUCGUUUUGAAUAAGGUUGUUCUAUCCUUUAUGUUGUUGUUUGUUUUUAAUGAUCGGUCGAUCGAGCUUUUUCAUGUUUCAGUGCUCUCUUGCUAUCUGCCUUUUUUUCCUGCAGUUGUUGGCAGCUCCUCUUUACGUGAAAAUUGAAAUGAAAAUUCUGCAUUAUUGGUCACCGGAAUUCAGACACAAGAACUUUCGAUCACAAAAUGUUCUAACAUCAUAUCUUAACAACUCGAGAUUUUGAGAGCACAAUUGGUUCAUAACCAAGAGAACCCAUGUUAAUUAACACCAAAAUUUGAUGCAAAACCCUGGCCUUGGUCUCAUUGAUCCCAUUUUGUUAAGGGUUCGUUUGGAAGUUUGAUGCAUUGUAAUAUACAUAAUUCGAUAUGCUUGAUUGUAUGUCAAUUGUAACAUGACAAUCCAUUUAUCUUGUUUGCUAAAAAAAUUAUGCAUUCUAAAACAUAUUGUCAAACAAUCGCAACUUCCACCAUUAUUAGCAGGGACGGAGCCAGCUUGUAACAAGGAGGGGCCAUGGCCCCCCUAAAGUUACAAAUAAACCCGAAGUAGUAGAAUAGACUGGAAGUUCUUCACAGCGCAGUGGUUCUGGCACCUAAUGUUAGGCAUAUUUUUCUUAAAAUUCACAAUUUUCCCCAAUUUUUCAAGGCAAGUAUCUCCUACAUGUUUUUAUUUGAAAAUUUCACAUUUUACUUUUUUUAUUGGCUAACAAGUUACCAUUUUAAAUAGUUUGACUAAUUUAUUUUUAAAUAAAUAUAUGCCAUGAUUUUCAGAGUUUUGACAUAUUUUCAAUGAUUUUUACUCAAAAAAUGUUAAUAAUUUUGGAUGUUAUAUUGAUAUGUAUGUUUUGGGAUCGAAUACUGUAUAAAACCCGGUCGUAUCACGACAUUGCUAUACGAUGAUACGAAGUAUUAUCGUGUCGUAUCAUUGUAUCACACAAGUCGUGAUACGUGAUACGAUCGGGGUUUUGCAGGAUUUUACAGGGAUGGAGUUUUAUAAUGGAACCCAGAUCGUAUUUUUUCAUCACUAUAUAUGUGUUGGAAAAAAAUUCGCCGGCCCCCCUAAUUAAAAAUCUUGGCUCCGUCCCUGAUCGUUAGUCAACAAUUCCAAGCAAUCAAGUAGCCGCUCACUGGUAACACAAAAAAGGAGGCCAGUGAACUUGUCAACUUGGACUACACGCUGCAUGGAGAAUAUCCGCGAUAUGGGCCCUCUUAUUUUGUGGAAAUGUAUACUAAUUAUAAUUCGCAUAUAUUCAGUCAUAACAUGCCCCCAAAAAUGGCAAUAGUCGCAGGGAACAAGAUUGAAACUUUGAAAGUGAUAUUUACUAUGAAUGGACAGGAUCGUCACUUAAUUUGGCCUAUAGCCUGACCAAAGGCGACGUUGGAAUUAGAUAACCCCAAAACUAUAGAUAUGUAUAUUCAUAAACACAGGUGUUGUAAAAGAGCUAUUUCAUUCAUCAUUUAAUACUAACUACGGUAUAUGUUUGCUUGAAACAGUUAGGCAUGCUUAGACGGCUCCUAAGCAAGAGCUCAGUGCGCUCCUCAUGUCUAACGAUUAACGCCUUUUUAAACCUUUCUUAACAAUACAAUUAAAAAAAAUUCAAAGCAUCACGCUCUGGUUCAUCAUGAUAUUUCAGAUAUCUCUCAUUUUCAAUCCGACUUAAUUAUACUUUUGGAGUUAACAACCUCUCGACGAGGAAAAGCUGGCCAAAUACAGACUAUAAGCAUAUGGUAGGGCUGAUAACACCACAACAUCGAACUAUCCAAAAAAAAUGCUUCUUGUGUCCUAUUUUGAGUGGGUUUGACUUGAGUGAUUUUGUACAGAGAAAGCAAAGAAGCUGUGGUGUGGAUUGGGGUUCUUGGAGAGCGACGACAGCUUAGACUUUUUUAUAUAAUUUUUUUUGUUAUUUUUUAAAUAUAUUUAUUUUGGAGAAAAAUUAAUAAUCUUAUGUGUUAAAUGACGUGGCAUUUAUGUGGUAACCUUGUAUUUUGCCACGUCAGCAAAAAUCAGCAUUUCUUUUAUCACCAUCUAGUCAAUCGUUAUCUCUAACGGGACAUGAUUAGAAUAUUGAAUAAAAUAGGACAUGAGUGACAUUCUGUUGAUAAUUCGGAGUGUUGUCGAGGUAUUAGUCCAUAUAUAAUUAUCUCUAGUUUUCUCUCUAAUUCUAAUUUAAUGCAUAUACAUAAUUGAAUACAGAUGUUACUUGGACUGGGUCUCAUUUAGAGGUUGGACAUUUCGCCGACAGGACUUAGUGUAGUACAUAAAGCAUAUAGCAGAAACAAGUUGGGUUUGCAAUAAGUGCAUGCACAAAUUCAAUGCUUCCAGUAGCUAGGAAAAUCUUUUUAAAUUAUCAACAUAAUUAUAUAACCAAAUUAAUCAUGGAUGUUAUACUUUGGCGCCGGUUGGAUGAAGCUUUCUAGUUAUAGCAAGUUUCCAAAUUGAAUUAUGUAUGCAAGUUGCUCUGAAUUAUUGCGGUAACGAUCGAGAAAACGAAGACGCAGAGACAGACGGCACAAAAAAAAAAAAAAGCGUGUUAUUUGCCGCCAGUGUCUUUACUAUUUGUCGCCCAUAAUUUUGAUGGAAAUGUCAUUUUUAUCCUUUGUUCAAUUUUGUAAUUCACCACAACACCAUCGUCGCCGAGGACAUACCACUGCCAUUGGCGCUACCGCCGCCAGACCACCACAGCCAGCAUCAGACCAUCGUCACCAGCACCAAACUACCACCACCAGCGGAUGAACCCCGUCCGACGUUGGCCGGCGGACCCCGUCCGAUGCCGGUCGGCGGACCCGUUGUUUUUAUUUUUAUUUUUAUGAAGGACCCGUUGUUGAGACAGGGAAAUUAAAUUAAAAAUAACCUAAUGGAGUUAGACACAGAAAUUAAGAAUAACCUAUACUUACCUUAAUUAAAUUAAAAAUUCUAUUGGUGAGACAAACACGGAAAUUAAACUUAUCUAAAGUAGCAAUCAAUUAAUUCCACAACUCACGUUUAUAAUCCAGCCUCACCAAAUUCUGUUGGUAGCAAUAAAAAGGAAAAUUAAUAAUAAUAAAAAAUAUUGCAAUUAGAACGUCUGCCAUUAGGUUAAUUAAAGAAAUCAACAUUCUAGUCAUAAAUCCUAGGUGAAAUAAGGAAAAUAGGUUUAGUGAUUAAUAUUAUUAUUAUGUUAAAUGAUAAUGGUUUAGGAUUCUUCCGUUAAGUGAGAUAGAUGGGGGAUUAUUGGUAUUAUUAUAUCAAUAAAAGGAAAGAAAAUACCGUAAAAGUCAUACCGUAACUUAAUCGUUUACUAUGUAAAUAGUGAUAAAAGAAAAGAAAAUAGCAUAGAAUUG